AUGGCUUCCACAGCUGCUGGAGUUGCUGUGGGCUCUGCCGUGGGACACAUAGUUGGACAUGCCAGCACAGGAGAUUUUGGUGAAGGAAGCAGUUCAGAGCCAGCAAGGAACGACAUCACUUAUCAGGAACCAGCUCCUUCACAGCCAGUGUAUCAGCAGCAGAAGGCCCAGUAUACACCUUGCCAGUAUGAGCUCAAGCAAUUCUUAGAUUGUGCUAAGAACCAGAGUGACCUGAAACUCUGA